CUCGAGAAUCUGGGUUAAAAGUACCCGAUUCAGUUCGACCCAUUUUGUUAUCUUUUUCAACAGACCUAGCCACGCGAAGAACAUAGCUGCACCGUUCUCUCUCUCUCUCUCUCUCUCUCUCUCUCUCCCUUUCCUGAAUUCCGCCUUCUUGAACCACACAUUCACUGCCAGUUUUGUCUACUAUACUCAACUGCAACUGUGCAAUUAUACUAGAAGGAGCCAUGUCCAGGAUAUGCGUGAAGAAUCUCCCUAAAUAUGUUGCAGAGGAUCGACUAAAACAAGAAUUUUCUAGGAAAGGAGAAAUAACUGAUGUCAAGCUUAUGCGUACAAAAAACGGGAAAAGUCGCCAAUUUGCUUUUAUCGGAUUUCGUACAGACCAGGAAGCUCAGGCAGCGAUUAAAUAUUUUAAUAAAUCUUACCUUGACACGCAAGCAAUUACUUGUGAGGUGGCUCAAAAACUUGGUGAUGCAAAUCUUCCUCGUCCGUGGAGUCGACAUUCAACAAAAAAGGACGAUAAAGUGAUCACCACAGAUGUUAGCAAUCAUGCUAGAGCUAAGGAACAUGAAGACAAUUCUAUGGACAUUGAUGACCCAAAGCUUCAAGAUUUUCUUCAGGUCAUGCAACCUCGGGCAAUGUCUAAGCUGUGGGCAAAUGAUACUUCAGUUGUAUCCAAUGAUGGUAACAACCAACCAACACUGAAUAAGGAGACCGAAAGUACAUUAAUUGCAAACCAUCCUAUCUUAAGCGACUCACAUGUAGAUGAGUUACCAAAUAACCCUAAAUCCGACAAGUCGCGUGAUAUUAAGCAUGAUGGAGUAAUUUCUGAUAUGGAUUAUUUCAAGAGUAAAGUGACAACGGAGUGGUCUGAUUCUGAAAGCAGUGAUGAUGACAGCAGUGAUUCGGCGUCUUCUGACGACGAUGACAAAGAUAAACAUAGUCAUGCUACUGAACAUGAAGAAAAUCGUUGUAAUAACCCUUCUGAAACAACCCCAAGAAGUGGUGCUCAAGAGUUAGAUCUAGAAGACCAAAAAAAUACCGUUGGAAAGGAUGUUGCCAAUGAUAAGUCUCAAGUGAAUGCAACUGAGGAAGAGGGGCAAUUAUCAAAUCCAGAAGAUAAGAAAGGAGUUUCUGAGCCGUGUCGACUGUUUGUCCGUAAUCUGCCAUAUUCGACCACUGAGGAGGAAUUGGAAGAGCAUUUCAGUCAGUUUGGCAGUGUCUCACAGGCUCAUUUGGUUGUUGAUAAGGAUACUAAACGAUCCAAAGGAAUAGCUUAUAUUCAUUUUUCAGCUCCAGAGUUUGCAGCCAGGGCGCUAGAAGAGUCGGACAAUUCAAUCUUCCAGGGGAGAUUAUUGCAUGUUAUGCCAGCUAUACCAAGACAUUCAAACAAUGAAGAGAACAAGGACCAAGGCUCUAAAACUCUCAAACAACGAAGAGAUGAAGAAAGGAAAGCAGCUGAAGCUAAAGGAGAUACCAGAGCAUGGAAUAGUCUGUUCAUGCGCCCUGAUACAAUUGUAGAAAACGCUGCUCGGAAACAUGGUGUUAGUAAAAGUGAUUUUCUGGAUCCAGAAGCUGAUGGUCUUGCUUCACGGUAUUCUCUGGCAGAAACUGACGGGAUUAAAGAAACAAAAAAUGCAUUUAGAAAAGCUGGAGUGAACGUGGAGUCUCUGGAGGAGCAUGCGAAGGGUAAAGUUGAUGGCAGGAAAAGAAGUAACCAUGUACUUUUAGCGAAAAAUUUGCCAUAUGGUGCUACGGAAAAUGAUCUUGCAAAGAUGUUUGGGAAAUUUGGUAGUUUGGAUAAAAUAAUUCUGCCCUCGACAAAAACAUUGGCCCUGGUUAUUUUUCUCGAACCAGCAGAAGCUAAAGCUGCUUUUAGAGGUUUAGCUUACAAGCGUUACAAGGAUGCUCCGUUAUACUUGGAGUGGGCUCCUUCCGAUAUUCUUACCCCAAAAUUAACAUCUAUAAAUGAUGAGGUGAAUAUUGUAAUUGGUGAAAAGGAUGUCAAGAGGGGGAUAUUAGAGAAAGACGUGGAAAGAAUAUCAGAUGCUGAUAUUGAUCCAGACAGAAUAGAGGCUCGGUCCUUGUUUGUCAAGAACCUAAACUUCAAGACAACAGACGAGGUUUUGAGGGAACAUUUCAGUGAACACAUGAAGGAGGGGCGGAUUUUGAGUGUCAAGGUGAAGAAGCAUUUGAAAAAUGGGAAAAAUGUUUCUAUGGGAUUUGGAUUUGUUGAGUUUGACUCCACAGAGACUGCUACGAGUGUUUGCAACGAUUUACAGGGGACUGUUUUGGACGGUCAUGCUCUUAUUUUACAACUCUGUCAUGUCAAGAAUGAUGAUGAUAAAGUACAAAAGAAAGUUGAGAAAGAUAAGAGUUCAACCAAGUUACUUGUGAAAAAUGUUGCCUUUGAGGCAACAGAGAAGGACCUGAGACAAUUAUUUAGCCCGUUUGGCCAGAUUAAAAGUUUAAGAUUACCAAUGAAGUUUGGAAAUCAUAGAGGAUUUGCUUUUGUGGAGUAUGUUACUCAGCAGGAGGCACAAAAUGCACUUACAGCACUCUCAAGUACCCACUUGUAUGGCAGACAUCUGGUAAUAGAGAGAGCGAAAGAAGGUGAGAGUUUGGAGGAACUGCGGGCUCGAACUGCUGCUCAAUUUAAUGAACAUAGUGGAUUUCAAGAUACUAACUUAUCCAAGAAAAGGAAGGGCAUCAGUAUGUUAGAUGAAGGAAAUAUGAAGUUUGAAAGGUUUGAUUAGUGCUUCGUUCAAGAAUUUGAGGUUUCUGUAUAUAUCCCGAAGUUCAGGGAUGUCAAUUUUGUAGAUUGUAGUAAAUUGUUUAAUUUGUCGCUGUUUGGUGUUCUUGCAAUUAUUACUAUUUAUUACCAUGUUUAAAAGAUGCAGUAAAAUUAUAUGGUCAUGAAUAUAUUGAGUUUGACAUACUGUAUGGUUAAUAUCACAAUUUUAGGAAUUAA